AUGACCAACGACGCCUCUACCAACGGCUCUUCUGCCGCUCCCGCGACCACCUUCGCCCUCAAGGCUGGUCUCGCCCAGAUGCUCAAGGGCGGCGUCAUCAUGGACGUCACCAACGCCGAGCAGGCCCGCAUCGCCGAAGAAGCUGGUGCCUGCGCCGUCAUGGCCCUCGAGCGAGUCCCCGCUGAUAUCCGCAAGGACGGCGGCGUCGCCCGCAUGUCCGACCCUGCCAUGAUCAAGGAGAUCCAGGACGCCGUCACCAUCCCCGUCAUGGCCAAGGCCCGUAUCGGCCACUUCGUCGAGUGCCAGAUCCUCGAGGCCCUGGGCGUCGACUACAUUGACGAGUCCGAGGUCCUGACGCCCGCCGACGACGAGAGCCACGUCGAGAAGAGCCCCUUUGGCGUGCCCUUUGUCUGCGGCUGCCGCAACCUGGGCGAGGCCCUGCGCCGUAUUGCCGAGGGCGCUGCCAUGAUCCGAACCAAGGGCGAGGCCGGCACCGGUGACGUCGUUGAGGCUGUCCGUCACAUGAAGACUGUCAACAGGGACAUUGCCCAGGCCAAGGCUGCUCUUGCCGAGGGCGGCAUUGUUCGUCUCCGCGAGCUUGCUCGUAAGCUCGAGGUUGACGUCGAGCUGCUGCGCCAGACUGCUGAGCUGGGCCGUCUCCCCGUUGUCAACUUCGCCGCCGGUGGUGUUGCCACGCCUGCUGAUGCUGCUCUCAUGAUGCAGCUUGGCUGUGACGGUGUCUUUGUCGGCAGCGGCAUCUUCAAGUCUGGCGACCCUGCCAAGCGAGCCAAGGCCAUUGUCCGAGCUGUCACUCACUUCCGUGACCCCAAGGUCCUUGCCGAGUGCAGCACCGGACUGGGCGAGGCCAUGGUUGGCAUCAACUGCGACGCCAUGAAGCCCGAGGAGAAGCUUGCCGGCCGUGGCUGGUAA